ACACUGUGAGUGCGUCGUGUCUGACAGAUCUGCCUGAAUAUGGAUAACGAACAGGACGCGAGCACAAGCUGCUCGAACUGAUAUCGCGGACCCGCACGAGAACAAUGAAGCAUCAGACGUAGCUGAGGCGAGAAGGAGAGCAUCAUCGACUCACGAAGAAAAAACAACAACAAAAAAAAGAUGUGUUUUUCUUCCCGUGGGACUGAGCUUCUGACGGAUUGCGCCACGCUUUUCAUACCCAAGCUGUCUGUUAGGCGGACGUACAGAAGAGGACAUCUUGACCUUGCAUGCCUGCUCACUUGGCCGAAAAAGUAUCCGCAGUAAACUGUCACUGCUCUGGGAGGCGACAGCUAGGAGCGGUGCACCCGUGGGACCAGCUGAGGACGCCCGAGCCUCUUGUGUCACAUUGAGUUCCAAUGCGAGGAACGAUGGGGACUCAGGGUAGCCCCGUCAAGAGCUAUGACUACCUCCUUAAAUUCCUGCUUGUGGGAGACAGUGACGUGGGGAAAGGCGAGAUCUUGGACAGUUUGCAAGAUGGAUCGGCAGAGUCGCCCUAUGCCUACAGCAGCGGGAUCGACUACAAAACCACCACGAUCCUGCUGGAUGGACGGAGAGUGAAGCUGGAGCUGUGGGAUACGUCAGGACAGGGCCGGUUCUGCACCAUCUUCCGGUCCUACUCCAGGGGGGCGCAGGGAAUUCUGCUGGUGUAUGACAUCACCAACCGCUGGUCCUUCGAUGGAAUCGAUCGGUGGAUCCGGGAGAUUGAUGAGCACGCUCCCGGCGUGCCGCGGAUCCUGGUGGGGAACCGGCUGCACCUGGCCUUCAAGCGGCAGGUGCCCACGGAGCAGGCGCGCGCGUACGCCGAGAAGAACGGCAUGACCUUCUUCGAGGUCAGCCCCCUCUGCAACUUCAACGUCAUCGAGUCCUUCACCGAGCUGUCCCGCAUCGUGCUCAUGAGACACGGCAUGGAGAAGUUCUGGAAACCCAACCGAGUGUUCAGCCUGCAGGACCUGUGUUGCCGGGCGAUAGUCUCCUGUACACCAGUGCACCUGAUUGACAAGCUGCCCCUCCCUGUAGCCAUAAAGAGCCAUCUCAAGUCCUUCUCCAUGGCCAAUGGCAUGAAUGCAGUCAUGAUGCACGGCCGCUCCUAUUCGCUGGCCAACGCUGCGGGGGGGAGCAAGGGCAACAGCCUGAAGCGCUCCAAAUCCAUCCGGCCCCCGCAGAGCCCCCCGCAGAACUGCACCAGGAACAACUGCAAGAUCUCUUAGCGCAUGGGGCCGCGGAAACGCCCGGCUAGGGGGUGGUCGGUUCGGCUCACAGAAGAUAGUGAAGUCGCCUCAAACUCCACAGAGCUCCGCGUCUUCCCAAGGGGCUGCCUUGCUCCCCGACCGCUGCCUGAUCCCAGGUCAGCGGUCAGUGCUGUGAACCUGCAUGUGACGAGCCCAAGAACUGACCCCAGAUCUGCGUGGAGCAGCAAGACGGUUUGCCCACAUUGGGAAGAGGGGGCGGGGUGUCUGAACUGAUUGGACAGACUCUGUCCGCCAAGCUCCGCCUUCUACAUUCCGCGGCCAUGUUUCUCUGUUCUCAGACCACACUAAAGUUGUUUUGAUGUAUAUAUUUGGUUAUUUAACAAAUGUGACAUGGAAAGAACACGCAAGGUGGUAUGGUUUGUUUUUAGUUGUUUAUUUUACGUACUUUUUUUUUUUGCUCAUAGUGUCAGUGUUUUUGCACUGAAUGUCAUUGCCACCUCAUCCCCGUGAUAGUUUGAAACACUCGGCCAUUUUGUUGAAACGGAAAGUACUAAAGCAGCAACAACAUCCUUCACCUCUGCCUGCUUCUGAUUCUGCCCUGCCUGUUUUCAUUCACCCUGGAAACUCUGGAAAAUUCUCCAGGGAAAAAGACAUGUUGACAGAUAACACUUUAAAUGCUGCAGUUCAGAACUUACUCAGUCCUGUACCCAGGGUUGUGUCUGAGCUGAUAGCAUGUUAUCGCCAUCCUUCCGCCCUUCCUGGAGACAACUUUCUCCCUUUCUCCUCUCCCCUCUCCACUGCUACCUCUCGUGCUCUCUCCCUCGUUCUCUUCAUCUUUCUCUUCACAGUCAUGUUUUUGCGCUCAUUGGUCAAUGUCUUGGUGUACCGUAAUUAAUUUAUCUUUUUUCCCUAUUAUGAAGCUAUUUCCUGUACAGGACAUGACCAUAUUGAUUUGAUAAGGUUGGCCUUUUAAUUAGGGACACUACAGGAGUGAGGGUAGAGUCAGUCUGUCAGAAAACUCCCAAUAGGUGGAGCUCCUGUGUGCUGUCUUCUGCUGCCUUCAGCCAAUCAAAUGCCCUUGGUAGCAAAACACUAGAGGUCAGUCAUAGCACACGGUGGCUCCAGCCAUUUCAUGAACCCUUACUCCCCCCAUCUCGACUCUCCCGACAUUGCUGAGAAACGCAGUUUUCCUCAACCCCAUCUCUUCAUUUCACAAGCCUUAGAAACACUGCUGUUCUGUCCGCGUUCCUGCCAUUUGCAGGCGCGUUGACUUGCGUUUAUUUUCCGUUCGCAUGUUCUCAGAACACUGAGCUGGACUUCAUGGCCACGCUUCUGCCCUCGCUGCCACUCUUUAUCUGCUGCCCACCUGUGCCAAAUGCGUAACGGCUGCGACUACUCUCCAGCUACCUCUCCCUGUGUUCAGCAGUGUGCUGUGCUGUGACAGGCACAGGAGCUUACCUGUCAGGACUGUAGACUCCAGGGUUUUUUUUUGUUUUGUUUUGUUUUGGGGUUUUUUUGUUUUGUUUUGGUUUGUUUUGUUUUGGGUUUUUUUGCUACUGUGAAUUACAGUGAAAUAGUUUUUUUAUUUUUUUAUUUUUUAUUUUUAAAUGCACCUGAUUUAGAUUUGAAUAUGUGUGGUGUAUGUUGAGAACAGGAUGUGUGUGGAAAGUGUGCCAAAGUUUGCCAGAGUGGGAUCAUUGAGAAGCAGAGCAACAAGAAGUCUGAUAAGCACAAUAGAGAAGAUUGCCUACAGCUCCUGUCAAAAUUAUGAUGGUGACUUAUGAUUGACAGCUCCCCCUGCCUUGUACAGGUAUACACCAGUUUUUAAAUGUGAUAAUGUUUCUUAUAAUGUUCCAGUAGUUGGCAAAUGAUAGAACUGAUUGGCAGUCAAUUGAGUUGUAAGUAGGACAGCAACAGAAAUAAUGAUUACCUGAGUCAAUGAGGAGAGGAUCAGGAUGAACUUUACCGGGGAAUGGAGUGACAUGAUAAGAUGGUCACAAGACUGGCACAACACCCAACCUCUACCCCGUCUUAUUUAUUUUAUUUUUGGGUUGUAGAAACAAACUCCACUCUCGCCCCUUUCCUGAUUUAGCCUUUUUUCCCCCUCAUCAUAUACAGGAAACACAUUUUUCAACAAUGUAUCCAUCGGCCAGAAAAUAAGACUUUGAUGGUCUGUUCUGUCAGUCGAAAAAUUUUAAAAUGCAUUUUAUUGAAUACAUUCCAAAUUACUUUUAAAAAACUUCGAUAGAUAGAUAUAAAUACAAAUAUAGCUAGUUGUCUACAAAUAUCUUUCUCAAAAGCCUAAAACGCUUAAUGUUCGCAAACCACUUAGAAUGAUACAAAUGAACACAUUUUAAA